AUGCGCAAAGAAGUCCUUCUCCAACGCGCCGGCCUUGGUCUCCUUUCCCUUUGGAUUCUCUUAACCGGCUACAAAGUUACUCGUAAAUACUUCCAUACGCCCACUCUUUUCCCAGCCAAACUCACCACCCCAAAUGACCAGUACUACACCAUGCCCCCCACCAAAGCCGAACGCCGCAACGAACUAGGCCGAUCCACCUGGACUCUUCUCCAUACUAUUGCUGCCAAAUAUCCCGCCUAUCCCUCCCGCGAAGAGAAAUCCAACGCCAUAAAACUCAUUGACCUCCUUACCAAAAUGUUCCCCUGUGACGAGUGCCGCACCCAUUUCCAAGCCCUAGUCCGAUCCUUCCCCCCACAAGUCAACACCCAAGAAGAAUUCGCCACCUGGCUCUGCCAAGCCCACAACAUCGUUAACAAACGCCUCAACAAGCCCGUCUUCGACUGUACUCGUCUAGACAACCGUUGGGAUUGUGGCUGCAAAUAA